AUGGAGAGAUGGCGCAAGCUGCACGGCCGCCGUCUCGACCACGAGGAGCGUCUGCGCAAGAAGACGGCCCGUGAGGGACAUAAGGCCUCGCAGGACGCGCAGAACCUGCGCGGUCUCCGGGCCAAGCUGUACCAGAAGAAGCGGCACCACGAAAAGAUUCAGAUGAAGAAGCAGAUCAAGGCCCACGAGGAGCGCAACGUCAAGACGGCCGACGAAAAGGAGCCCUCGACGCCCAUGCCCGCCUACCUGCUGGACCGCACGAACCCGCAGAGCGCAAAGGCCCUCAGCAGCGCCAUCAAGAACAAGCGCGCCGAAAAGGCGGCCAAGUUUAGCGUGCCGCUGCCCAAGGUGCGCGGCAUCAGCGAGGAGGAAAUGUUCAAGGUGGUCAAGACGGGCAAGAAGAUUCAGCAGCGCGCGUGGAAGCGCAUGGUCACCAAGCCCACGUUUGUCGGCCCGGACUUUACGCGCCGCAACCCCAAGUUUGAGCGCUUCAUCCGCCCGAUGGGUCUGCGUUACAAAAAGGCAAACGUGACGCACCCGGAGCUGGGCGUCACCGUGCAGCUCCCCAUCAUCUCCGUCAAGAAGAACCCGCAGAACCCCAUGUACACGCAGCUGGGCGUCUUGACCAAGGGUACCGUCAUUGAGGUCAAUGUCAGCGAGCUCGGCAUCGUCACCGCCGGUGGCAAGGUUGUCUGGGGUCGCUAUGCCCAGGUAACCAACAAUCCCGAGAAUGAGGGCUGCAUCAACAGCGUCCUACUGGUGUAA